AUGGGCUUUUGGGUGACACAGGAGUGUCCGACUACAAUAUUGGAUUUAUCGAUCCCCAAUGCAAUCGAACCAGCACUCAAUUGCACCAUCAUCAAUGGAAACCUCAUAAUAACUCAUCUUUCGAAUGCUCAAUGUAGGGCAGGCGGACUCAGCCUGCGGUCGCUUGUGGAAAUUUUGGGCACCCUAACGAUAGAACAUUCUAGUUGUCACGGCGACCUCUCCUUCUUCCUCCCCAAUUUAGUUGCCAUUCAUGGCUUAUCCCCCUUCACGCCGUACGUUGAGUUACCUGGUUUGCCCGAUUUGCCGCCGUACGCCCUUCUCAUCCAUCAUACAGCUCUCUCUGGCAUUGGACUAGUAUGUUUGCGUGUCUUGGGUCAUCGGGGUGCACUCCUUCUGGACAAUCCACAGAUGUGCUACGUUGAUACCGUGGGCUGGCAUUUGCUAAUACCCUCUGUCUUGACCACGCAGAAUUUCUCCAGUAAUCUUACUAGGAACGGCUCGCCACACCCGCAGCCCACCAUUGCCGAAGAGAAGGACAUAUUGAUGAAGGCUGGUCUUUACGAGCUGUGCGCAAAUGCCUGCCCUCCCGGUUGUGAACGAGCGUUUGUGGACCAUCUUCCUCGCACAUUCUGCUGGUCUCAGACCCACUGCCAGUCAGGUAAACCUCUACAGUACAUUUUCUUGAUACCAAGUAAAAUCGUUCAAAUGCGUCUCUUAAUAUUGUCAGAUAAAGCACAUGUGCCUAUUAAUUACCUCCUUGUCUUUCGCUACCGCUGUUCGCAGUCUGUGCACCUGAAUGUUCAGCCCGCUCUCGCAGCUGUCACGUCAAGGAUACAGACCUCUGCUGUCACCCGCAGUGUCUGGGUGGAUGCAACGGGCCCUCUGCACAGGAUUGCCUGGUUUGUCUUGUUUGGCCGACACUGCGUCACCAAGGGAGCCUGUUUGUCGAUGCCUGUGCCGGCAGAGUUGCUUAAAAAGCCGUCUGAAUAUAAUCAACAGCACUACGUCCCCAAGCGCUUCGCCAUCCACGGUAAUGACUGUGUUCCCACCUGUCCCGACGGAUUCCAUCGCUCUCCUUCCUCUGGUGUAUGUGUUCCAUGUGUGGGAAGCUGCACAGACAAGAGUCGGGACUGCGGAGACAUUAUCAUUUACCAGCAAUCGGACAUUGCCAACGUCGUGGGUUGUGUCACCGCACGCUCUGUUCUGAUAAGCCUGCGUUCAGGCCAAGACGACCUGCGAUCCGUUUUGGCUGAUGCGUUCAGCAAAUUGCGCGUCAUUCAUCGGUCACUGCGAAUUAUUCGUUCAGAUGCCCUUCUCUCCUUGUCAUUUCUUCGUCACCUCACAGAUAUAUAUGGUAGGGAAGCUCCGGCUCCUGAUACCACCUCAAUGAACCCUCCGAUUCAUCCAAAUAUGCAAGUUUUCCAACCACUUUUUGCCCUUUUUGUUUUGCUUUUUUUUUGUUUUUGGUUCUUCUGCUUCAUGACAAACCCUGGUGUUGAUGGCCCCCACACGGCUUUGGAAGUGACCUGGAAUGGCAAUUUGGAAGAUGUCUGGCCCAUGUCCACGAAUCAUUCAUCCACAUCCGAGAAGCUAGUCAUCCAUUCGGGCAGCGUGGAAUUUAGUGUUAACAGCAAACUCUGUCCCGACACUAUCAUGCGCUUUCUACGGGAGCGAGUUGUGCUAGACCGCGAGUUGAUUCCGUCUGAGCUGUAUUUGAUCACCACAUCGAAUGGCGAACACGCCCUGUUUGAACGCAUUGCCUGGAACGAUCCGCGUCAGGUGUUGCCUGCGAUUAUCUCCUAUGGACGCGGGGAGACUCAAGAGUCCAGUUUCGCCUUUGAAGACCGAACAUUCUGUGAUCGUGCGUAA